AAAUAACUAUUUUAUUUUUUUAAAAUUUAUUAUUUGUUUUGAACUAACAUGUUUUUAUUUAAAAUCAAUGUUAAAAUAAAAUUUUCAUUGUCUUCAUUGCUGUUAUCAUCCUACUAUUGUUACCGUCAAUAUUAUUGUUAUUAUAUUCUUUCAUUAUCACCGCUUCCAGAUUAUCAAUGGAAAAUAACUAUUUAUUUUUAUAAAAUUUAUUAUUUGUUAACAUUUUCUCCUCUAUAUAGUAUAUACAUAACUAGCCGUUCAAAGAGUAAUUUAUACUUUAAUAAUAUGUGAAAAAAAUUUUGUUCACAUAAUAAACACUUCAUGUUGACUGCUAGUUUAAUCGAUUUAAUAAUAUACUCUUAACAAAUUGAAUGCCACACAUCAAAUUAUAAACAUUUUUUCCAAUAUUUUCCCUUCUCCUUUUAAGGAUUGUAAAAUGACUGAACUUUUUGGAUGAUUCACUAAGAGUGGCCCAAAUCCAUCACUAGGCACGCACCAAGGAAAUGUGGAUUAGACUCAGCAAGAAAUCCCACUAAACACAUCCAGUGAACUUGGGCUUCAGCCGUAAAAAGGUAUGUAUAGCAACAACAAAAAAUCACUCAGUCGCUGUAAUCAUCCACGUUACUCGUUCCUCCCUGCAUGAAAAACGGAUUGCAGUUAAUUCUUGAUGCUGUUCCCAUCCUCGUGAAACGACGCUGUCACGAAGCCAACCCUGUAGAUUCAAUCUGACGAAAAUAAAACGUUUUUGAAAGACAAUCGAGGAGAAAUGAGGAAGGAAGCGGUGGUGUUGGCAACAGUGACAACAGUGGCAGUCGUAGCUGUAUUGGUGAGGCAAUACUCAUUAAAAAAACAAAGACAAUGGAAGCAAACACAGCGCAUUUUGCGUAAAUUUGCAAGGGAAUCUGCCACUCCUGUACCCAAACUUUGGGAAGUGGCUAAUGCAUUGGUUUCUGACAUGCAAGCAUCUCUUGUUUCUCAGGAGGAAACUAGUACCCUCAACAUGCUUGUUUCCUAUGCUGCCUCACUACCAAAAGGGGAUGAGAAGGGGCUGUACUAUGGGUUGAAUUUGCGAGGAACCAAUUUUUUAAUUUUGUGUGCUCGACUUGGUGGGAGAAAUGAGCCUAUUUCUGAUUUAUAUAGGAAGGAAAUUUCCAUACCCCCCAAUGUGUUGUCUGGUACCUCUCAGGAGUUAUUCGACUACAUUGCUGUGGAGCUAGCAAAGUUCGUUUCAGAGCAUCCCCCAGAUGAUACUCUUGAUGCGCCAGAAAGGGAAAAGAAACUGGGCUUCACUGUGUCAUAUCCGGUGGAUCAAGCUGCAGCUAGCUCCGGCUCUGCUAUUAAAUGGAAGAGCUUCCCAGCUAAUGACACAGUUGAGAAAGCAUUGAUCAAUGAUAUCAAUCGAGCUUUGGAAAAGAAUGGUCUCAAGUUCCGUGUUUUUUCACUGGUUGAUGAUACUGUAGGAAAUUUGGCUGGAGGUAGAUACUAUGACAACGGCAUUGUGGCUUCAGUUACUCUGGCCAUGGGUUCAAAUGCUGCUUAUGUUGAACCAAAUGAAGCGGUUCCUAAAUGGCAAGGGCCAAUGCCAUCAUCCAAUUUGGGCGAGUUGGCAAGUAUUGAAUUAAGAUUAUCGAUACUAAUUUAUGAAGUUAUCAACACGGAAUGGGGAAACUUCAAUUGCUCAAACCUUCCAGUGACUGAAUUUGAUUCUAGUUUAGAUUCAGAAAGCUCAAACCCUGGUUGCAGGAUCUUCGAAAAGCUUACUUCAGCCAUGUACCUGGGAGAAAUUGUUAGAAGAGUCUUGCUGAAGAUGGCCCAGGAAACAGCACUCUUCGGAGACGUCGUCCCUCCAAAACUAGCUACUCCAUACCAACUAAGGUCACCUGACAUGGCUGCUAUGCAUCAAGAUACAUCAGAGGAUCAUGGUGUGGUUGGUGAGAAGCUGAAGGAAAAUCUUGGGAUCACAAAUUCUACUCCAAUGGUAAGGGAGGUAGUGGCUGAGGUUUGUGACAUCGUUGCGGAACGCGGUGCCCGUCUUGCUGGAGCAGGCAUUGUGGGAAUCAUAAAAAAGCUUGGAAGAAUUGAAAGCAGAAAAAGUGUAGUAACUGUGGAAGGUGGACUUUAUGAGCAUUAUAGAGUCUUUAGAAACUAUCUCCAUAGCAGUGUCUGGGACAUGCUGGGCAGUGACCAUUCAGAUAAUGUAGUAAUUGAACAUUCUCAUGGUGGUUCUGGAGCUGGAGCUGUCUUCUUAGCUGCUUGCCAAAACACAAAAUCUUCUUGAUUCCUAGCUCAUACCUGGAUUUACGAAAUUACAAGGUGU